CACACGCAGCACCCAACACAAACACACCUGUCAAUACCGACAUACCGACAAAAUGGAGAAGAUCAAGAACAUCAUCAACAACACCAGCAAGGACGAGCAGGAGAAGCAGUUCAGCACGCAGCCCAUCGACGACAAGAAGGACGGCGCCAGCAGCUUCGACCCCAAGACGGCAGCCCACCAGGCGGCGCCUGGCCCCGCGGUGCCCAAGGACUUUAGCGCCCAGGAGGAGGGCACCAAGGAGGAGCGCCGCGCCAAGGCCGCCGAGCUCAACAAGUGAUGCCGUCCUCGGACUCGUUUUAGGGAGGCUGGAGGUGUUGCAUGAGGGGCUUCUUUGUAAUGACUGUAUGAUAUGGGAUUCUCGCGGCAGGCAGGAUAGGAUAUAGGCGUAUAAUCACGUUUACGAUGA